CUAAGACUAUUGCAACCUCAUUCCAGGAAGUCGUUGUAAUUUUAUUCGGUCUUUUUAAGCUGACUUAAAACAAAGUAAACAUGAAGACGAGAUUUAGUACUGCAGACAUAAGUGUCAUGGUUAAGGAAUUGAAAAGGUUUCUUGGCAUGCGUGUCUCCAAUGUUUAUGAUAUUGACAACAAGACCUACCUCAUUCGCCUCCAAAGACCUGAUCAGAAGGCUGUCAUUUUAUUGGAGUCGGGAAUCCGUCUUCACAGCACAGAUUUUGAUUGGCCCAAAAAUCCAGCUCCAUCAGGAUUUUCAAUGAAGAUGAGAAAACACCUAAAGGGUCGUCGCCUCGAAACGAUUAGACAACUUGGAGUGGAUCGGAUUGUCGACCUUCAGUUUGGUUCAGCAGAAGCCGCAUACCAUGUGGUUUUGGAGCUGUAUGAUAGGGGAAACAUCGUACUGACAGAUUAUGAGUAUACCAUUCUGAAUAUAUUGCGUCCACGUACAGAUAACAGCCAAGAUGUUCGCUUUGCAGUCAGAGAAAUAUAUCCAUUGGAUGUAGCCAAACAGCAUGAAGUACCCACAGAAGAAAAACUCCGGCAGAUCAUUUUAUCAGGGAGGGAAGGUGAUCCGUUGAAAAAGAUGCUCAUACCAAACCUAGAUUAUGGUCCAGCUCUUCUUGAUCACUGUCUACGGGGAGUGGGAUUCACGGAAAAUGUUCGACUAGGAAAAGAUUUUAGCAUUCCAGAAGAUAUGUCAAAACUCUUGUUGGCAAUAGAAGAAGCUGAGAAACUGCUGGAAAAAUUACAGUCUGAAAAUACAAGGGGUUUCAUUAUUCAAAAAAAGGACAAACGACCUAUUACAAAAGGAGACGAGGAGCAGGAAAUUAUUACAUAUGAAGAAUUUCAUCCUCUUCUUUUGCGGCAGCAUGAAAACAAAUUAUAUGCAGAAUUUGAUUCAUUUGACUCUGCUGUGGAUGAAUUUUUUUCGAAAGUGGAAAGUCAGAGACUGGAUAUAAAGACAUUACAACAGGAAAAAGCUGCACUGAAGAAACUGGAAAAUGUGAGAAAAGAUCACGAAAAGAGAAUAAAUGAACUUCAGAAAGAACAGGAAUCGGACAUACUAAGAGGACAGUUGAUAGAGAUGAAUCUUCCAUUGGUUGACGAGGCUCUGUUGAGAGUUCGGAGUGCUCUGGCCAAUCAGAUUGACUGGACCGAGAUCUGGAAGCUGAUCAAAGAGGCACAGUUAAUACAUGACCCGGUUGCCUGUGCCAUCAAGUCGGUGCGGCUCGACACCAAUCACAUAACACUGCUGCUCAGUGACCCAUACGAAGAUGGCCACAAUGAAGAUGAUGAAGAUUACCUGCCCCUGAAACCAAUGAAAAUUGAUGUCGACCUCUCACUUAGUGCUUAUGCCAACUCUAGAAAAUAUUUUGACAAGAAAAAACAAGCAGCCAAAAAGGAACAGAAAACUGUGGAUGCUUCAACAAAAGCAUUUAAAUCAGCUGAGAAGAAAACAAAACAGACUUUGAAAGAUGUGGCAACUAUUGCUAGCAUAAACAAGACAAGAAAAACUUUCUGGUUUGAAAAGUUCCUCUGGUUCAUCAGUUCAGAAAACUUCUUGGUAAUAGGUGGACGAGAUCAGCAACAGAACGAACUGAUUGUCAAGCGUUAUCUCAGACCAGGUGAUCUCUAUGUGCAUGCUGAUCUCCAUGGUGCCAGCAGCUGUAUCAUCAAGAACCCCUCAGGAGAGCCUGUUCCACCCAAGACUCUAAAUGAAGCUGGAACGAUGGCCAUUUGUAACAGUGCAGCGUGGGAUGCCAAAGUUGUGACCAGUGCAUGGUAUGUGUAUCAUGAUCAAGUGUCAAAAACUGCACCAAGUGGUGAAUACCUAUCUACUGGAAGCUUUAUGGUCAGAGGCAAGAAAAAUUACCUCCCACCUUCUUAUUUAAUUUAUGGAUUUGCCUAUCUUUUCAAGCUGGAAGAAGGUAGCAUUCCUCGACACCAGGGAGAAAGAAAAGUGAGAACUAUUGAAGAGGAUGAAAGUUCUUUCACAAACUCCAUAUCUGUGGAAAGUGACAUCGCAGACAGCGCUGACGUUACUGAUGACAAAAACGAUGCCAAUAGUGACAGUGAGAGUGAAGAAGAGACAGAAGGAAAGUGUGACACUGAUGAUGAUGGUAAUAACAGUGAUACUGCUGAUUCAACUUCAGAGACUAACAGUAGUCCUGUUGUGUCCUGUCGGUCGCAAGAGAUUUCAAAGACUGGAGAGGAAUCAUGUGGCGUGGUCAGUACAGGCUUUACUAGUGAAUGUGCUCUUUCCAAAAGUAACAGUGUGGUUGACUCUGGCUCAGUGAAGGAAAAAACCAGCUCCAAGUCUAGUCCAGUGGGCACAGUAACUGUUAAAACAGAUGAUUCAGAAGCUGUCAGUCCCAAGAAAAACAGUGAUUCAGAAGCAGAUAGCGAUUCAGAGAAAAAUACAAUAGCUUUCCCAGACACAUCCAUAAACUUGCUACACGUAAAAGGAGAUAAGUUUGAGUUGCAGAGGACGAUUAGUACAUCCAGCACAGCAAGUGGCAUUUCUGAAGGUGAAAGCAGAGUUAUCUUCCUUGGAGAUAAUCAGCCAGUCACUAUUGGAGACAGGUGUGUGAACACAGGAGCGAAACUGUCUGCAAAGCAACGCAGAGAGCUCAGGAAAGCUAGGAAAGAACCGGCAUCUCGCUUACAGGCAGAUGAUGAAGAAGACAAGGUAUCUUGGUUAAAGCAGGAAUCAUCAACCACCACAAAAGAUGGAAAUAAGGAAAAACAAACAACGGAAUCCGCCAAAUCAGAAACUCCGACACAGCAGCCACCAAAACGAGGACAGAAGGGUAAACUGAAGAAAAUAAAAGACAAGUAUAAGGACCAGGAUGAAGAGGAACGACAACUCCGAAUGGAAAUAUUAGCAUCUGCUGGAGUAGAGAAAGAAGCUAAAAACAAAAAGGGCAAGAAGGGCAAAAACUUACAAAAGUUUGGACCAGGAAAUAACAAACAGCCAGGUAUGAAAGGAGAUGACAAGGACAAGCAAGUCUCUGAGAAAGCUGAAGGAAAUAAAAGUAAACAGACCGGUCCGGUGGAGUUGAGCAGUAUCAUUCAGCAGACGGUGGAGAUAUCUGUAGAAGAUGAAGAAAAAAUUAACGUGACAUCAAAUGAUACCAAGAAGACUGCUAAACCUGAAGCAGUUGACUCGGAUGAUGAGAAAACUGAGGGUAACGCACCUCAGACAGAUGACACUCAAAUGUUGGAUUCUUUGACUGGCUGUCCUUUUGUUGAUGAUGAACUACUUUAUGCCAUUCCCAUGUGUGCACCUUACAGCUGUUUAAUUAAUUUCAAGUAUAAAGUGAAGCUUCUCCCAGGAAACACUAAGAGGGGAAAAGCUGCCAAAACUGCCAUAAAUAUGUUUCUGCAUGAGAAAAGUGCCACAUCCAGGGAAAAGGAUUUGUUGAGAAUAAUGAAGGAUGUUGAUGUAUCGAGAAAUAUUCCAGGCAAAGUAAAACUGGCAGCUCCUAAUCUCCGCAAGGCUAAGAAAUGACAACUUCUAUUGUGAUACAUUCUUUAUUUUAUUGGUGCUACAAAUAUAUCUUUAUAUAUGCUAUUAUUAUGGUAGGAUGGAAAUACCAUAAUAAUUCUAACUAUAAUUGUUGAAUAUAAUUCUGGGACAAAAUUAUGAAUGCAAUGUUGAAAGAUUUGUAAAUAAUCAGGAUGUUAGUAUGGUGUCUUUGAUGUUCAUAAAUAUAUAUAAUUAUCUACAGUGAAACCUCCCAAAAUCGGACCCUCUGUAAAUUAGAAUUCCCUCAAAACCUGACAUUUUUCACGGCUGCUUUUAAAUAUCAGUACAGAAGGGAAUCUCUCUAAACCCGAUAACUCUUAAAACCGGACCUUUUACUUGGUCUUGGUGGUUUCACUGUAUAUGUACUAUGUGAUAUUUUAAUGGGUCAGUGGGUUUGUAUAUGUAUGUUUUAGUAGUAAAAUUAUUUUCUAUAUUGCACACUCAGAUUUGUAUUCAAGUAAUAAAGUACCUUUACAUUUUUGUGUGGGACAGACUUUUUGAUGCUCUUUAGAUUGUUUAUUUAUUUGUUGUUUUGUAUAGCAUAUAUACAUUCAUGUCAUAAUUUUAAUUAAAGUUCUCAGAAAACAGAUUGAUGACUGUUGUUGAGUAUUAUUCAUACAUUUUUGGUGAGACAUUAAAAGUGUAAAAUAAAAAAGUGUUAACAAGCUGUUGAAUAGAAGCAACAAAUAAAGAUAUUAAACAAUA